UACGUGUUGUCAGUAUCGACAGCAUGUGAAUAGUUUUGCUUGUUUACUUAAUAAACAUAGAAUAAAGUGUAUAAUAAAUCAAAGACAAUAUAAAGGUAAUAAAAAACGUCAAACUCAAAUAUAUUUACAUUAUUUUAAUAGAGCAAACUGCAUUUUAAAAUGGCAGACCAAGAAUGUAAAGCACUAUCAGUUAUCUCUGCUCAGAUAAAUGCAUUUAGGAAAUUAAAAGAUCCGCCACAAAGCCUUUCUGAUGUGGAAAAUUACAAAAUAAAAGUGAAACAAGUUUUAAAGGGAGCCAACUCAGAAAUUUUGAGAGUAAAAUUAUACAUAGAGAAAGUAGAAGAGAAAAUCGAAGAACUGCGAGACGCGCAAAGAAUUCUGAUAGAAAACAAUCAAGAUGCUAUUGAAACUCUAUUAGAAGAACUUCGAGCAAAUGCUACUUCACCAACAACGAUAGACACGGAUUGUUUUGCAACAUAUCCAGACGAAGAAGCAUAUGAUUCAAGCGAAUCUUUUUCUCUUCCGAAGCUUCAACUAGCGCACGAACUUCAAACGGCAGCAAAAGAAAUGAUGAUAGACGAGCUAUCAGUAUUGCUACAAGAAACGGAAGCAGUUUGUGCAAAACUGCAAGAUGGUGCACAGCUUUGUGGUGAUGAUAUUGAUAAAUUACAAGGGUGUCUCCAAAAUUGGAAAGAUGUACAGGAUUAUAGUGCAGCAAAGCAAAAAAGAAAACGGAACGCAAACAAACAAAACAAAAAAGAAAAUACUCAACGAAAAGGAGGAGAAUCAAAUAAGAAGAGAAUGAACGACAACGCCAAAAAGAAAAAGGGGAAAGAAGAAAAGGGAGAGCGAGAAGAUGAAAAAAGAAGGCGUAAAGAAAUAGCAGAGCGACAAGAAGAAGAGAGAAGGCAAGAAAUAGAAAGAGAAAAGGAAAGACAAGAAGAAAUUGAAAGGGAAAAGAGAAGGCAAGAGGAAAUUGAAAAGGAAAAGAAAAGGCAAGAGGAAAUUGAAAAGGAAAAGAAAAGGCAAGAAGAAAUGGAGAGGAAGAGAAAGCAAGAGCAAGCACGCCGAGAAGAACAAAGAAAAGAAAAGGAACGUUUACAGAAAGAGGCAGAGGAAAGAGCUUGGAGACAAGAUCAAAACAACUGGACCUCAGUGACCUACAACAGAGCCAGCGAUAUGGUAGACGGAAGGCGAGCGUACCAUUCAAAUAUUGCAUGUGUAAUGACAUCGCCUCCGGAUAACAUUGAAAAAGAUGAUAUUGAAUGUAACGAGAGUGACGAAGUUGAUCCUGUGAUAGAAAUUCUUGACCCUGGCGAAAAGAUCAUCAGCUCCCUCAUUGAUUUACAGUCUAGAAGAGGAAAUUUACAUUCAGAGGUGGCAACAAGAAUUUACAUCCCUUAUCUUGAAGAUAUUAGUUCACGGGAUGAAAUUGUUGUAAAGAUAUCGCUGAACGGAAAUGAGUGGAUUACCGUCGCACCGUUACCUGCAACUUCACGUAUGCAGAAGCAAGAUAAAUUGAUUUCAAAUCUAGCUGGCGUUGAGAUCAACGAUUUUAACUCAUUUCAAGCAGUUGUUGUAGCAAGACCAAUAUGUCAAACUAUUAUUGUUGAUAAACCUGGUAUUUCCGUACAGUCUACAAUGGACAAAAACGUUAGGCUCUUUGUCCCAAGAGAUGCGUUUAACACGGAAACUGAACUAAAACUUAUGGUACAAUCUGUCUCAGAUGACACCAUUUCAUCGCUCCAGAAGGAGAGAGAGGAUUUUGACAACGUACUGGCUGCCAGCUCUGUUGUGACACUGUUAUGCGCGAAACGACCGGACAUUGCUAUUGAGAUUGAUCUAAAAUCUACAAAAAGCAAAGACACUAGAAAUAUUCGUCGAGGAAAAGCAUAUCAACUCUUGACAUCAAGAGACAAAUCGUGGAAAUUUGCUGAUGUUGGAUUUAAAGGACAACAUGAUGAUAUAACAGUGACACUUCCUCCUGGAAGAAACAAAUACACAGUUAUGGAGAUAGAUGUGCCGGCUAGCUUUCCAAAGGACAAUGUACCACUACUAGCGGAGGCUUUGCACAAAUGUAUCAACAAGACCAACGUUGUUUUGGUCGCUAAACAACAAGAAGGUGAUAUGACAAAAUGUGCUCUUAGAGUUGUAAGGCGAGAGAUUUUAAAUGAUACGAUAGCAUUUCUUGAACAAAAUGGAUAUACAAAAGGUCCAGAUGUAAGCAAUGAAUUUAGCUUAUACGAGGGUCAGAAGGUGGAGAUUUCCUGUACGGGAAACAUUGACUUUAAUAGUGAAAAGGAUAGUAAGCCAAUAUUAACUUAUUUGACGUAUAUGGGAGGCGCAUCUUUAGACUUGUCACUUCGUGUGAAAGAUUCAUGGAAGCAAAAAGACCUUCCAGAUUAUAUUGGCAAAAUCAUGUGUAACACACUAGAUGAGGACGGAUCUCAAGUUGAAUUAGUGAUAUCUCUUCCAAAGCCCCGAAAACAACGCAUAACAAUCAACGCAGUACGAGUAAGGCUUCCUUAUUACUUGACAUCACUAUCAUCGUUUUUGGCUAGUACCCUGUGCAUGAAUGGCACGUGGGGAACAGUUUUAAAAUGUCUUCUGGGAGGCAGCAAGUUUGCCACGAAGUAUAGAAUUGCUUCACGGAAAUUGGAAGAAAAAACAGACACAUCCAUAUGUAAGGUGAUGUUAUUAGACUGGUUGAAAGAACAGGCAAUAGCUGAUGAUAAGGUGAAUCCUAUAUUGGUAGCUUUAAAACAAACUGAACAUGGUGAUGUUGCGGAGUCCUGUGUAAAAUUCUUGCGGUAUCAAAAAGAACAAAUGUCUGAUGGUGUACUUAUUGAGUUGGCUCAGGGAAUCACAAAGGAUGUGUAUACAUUUGGCCAAGACCUCCAACUUGACCAAAAGGACAUAGAAAGGUGCAUAAAGCAGCACGAGGCCAACAUCAAACAGCAACAUGCGGCAUUGCUAAUGGCAUGGAGGGAAUCGGAACAUGCUGUUCAACAAGGUGUGAAUUCGAUGCAGUAUCUGAAGAGUAUAUGUAUCUAGAUGGCUACUGAAGUGCAAGACUUGAUUGAAGUGUACUGCUUCAUUUAAAACAAGCUUUGAAGCAUUGCUGAUGUUUACUUAACCAGUUUCGAAUAAUCAAUAUAUUGAGUUAUUAUAUAUAAAUUUUCGUUAUUCUCCACACUCGCAAUGAUACAAGUCCAAUAAAAUAAGACAGUAUUGUUUUCCACCAUGUUUAAUUACCAUUUUUAUUUCACACCAACAUUUUUGACAUUUUGUCAGAACAUUUUUACUUCAAUUUCAAUGGAUUCUGGUGCCUCGAUAUGAAAACAAGGCUAGAUGGAGUACAAUAUAAAUUUGUUUAAGAUAUUUCGGACUCUAAAAUAAAAACGAGGCUAUAUGGGGGGUAAUGUGGAUUUGAUAUGAACAUUUUGGACUGUGGAAAUGAACACGAGUCUAAAUGUGGUGUGAUUUGAACUUGAUACAGACGUUUUGGACUCUGGAUAUAAAACGAGGCUAAAUUGAUAAGAAAUGGUCCAAGAAUGAUUUAUGUUGGAAUAUCACGUGGUAUAAUGGCUGAAAGUGCUUUUGUUAUAUAUUGUAUAAGGCGUGAAAUAAUAGAAGUAAUCGUUUCCGAAAAUAUAUUUUGCUCCAGAAAAAUUUGUCUUUUCUAUUUUGACUAAUUGAAUAGAUUUGGUUAUAUAAAUUCUGCCAACUUAAUAUUUAAAAUACUGAC